AUGGAGGACGCCCCUGAUUCCCCUCGCUACGCCAUGGGCACAAUGGCCUCGAACCGCCGUACGAGUCCCAUCCGCAAGCCCCAGCCCGACCGGCCCGGCACCCCGACCCGUCGCCCGACGACACCCACCCUGGGCCGCCGUCCCACGACCCCGACUCUCGGACGCCGGGGCUCCAACGCUUCGCUGCGUAGGCAGGGUUCUAAUGCUACGCUCAAUCGGCCUGUGACGCCUACUGCCCCCGAGUCCCCAGAGGCACCUGCCGGAGACCCUGUCAAGGCUGUUGUUAAGGAUGCUCCUGUUACUCCGGCGCCUGGUAGCCCCGAGACUCCGGCCCGUAUCCUCCCGGCCAUCCCCGAGAGCCCGUUGGUGAUGCCCUCGCCUCGGUCCCGACAAGUCUCCCGAGUCGGCGGUCCAACUCCCCGGUCCCGUCAAGUCUCGAGGACCGACUUCCCGGCUCCUCGCUCUCGACAAGUCUCGCAGACCCUCGAAGCCCCUGCUGUUGAAGCCACGCCCGAUGUUGCAAAGGCGCCUGCCGUCGAGGCCACUCCCAAGGUUGAGGCUACUCCCGAAGUCGAGGCCACUCCGGAGGUUGCCAAUGCUCCUCUUGUCCGAGCGACUCCCGCCGUUGUCAACGCUCCCAAGGUCCGAUCAACCCCCGCUGUUGCAAAGGUCCCCAGAGUUCGCUCCUCCCCGAGCCUUGCUCUUGUCCCCUCGGUCGCCAAGACCCCGAAGGCUGCUCGUGUGCCGGCCAUCGCCGCAGUGCCUACUGUUCGUUCCCAGCCAAAGGCCGCUCCUCUGCCUGCCAUCCAGCCAACCCCUGCGGUGCGACCUCGCCCUGCUGUCCUCCCAGCCCCCGAAGUGGCCGCCCAGCCCGAGAUUGCUCCUCAACCGGCCGUGAACUCGGCCCCGACCGUGGCCCGAAGCCCCGAAGUGGCCGAAGCUCCGUCCGCGGGCCCUAUCCCGCUCCCGGCUUCCCGCCCUGAAGCCGCUGCUCUUCCUAUCAUCACAUUGGCCCCCAUCGUGGUCAAGGCCCUGGUCGCCGCUCUCGCCCCGACCGUCGCAGAGGCUCCCAAGUCUGCCCCUGUCCCUUCAGCUGGUCGCUUGCCCUCGACCCGCAGCGCCCCCAAGUCCAUCCUCGCUUCUGGCUCUGGAAGGGCUCCCAAGUCCCUUGCUCCUCCUCCCACUCGCUACCUGAUUACCCAGGCUUAA